AGCUUCGUUGUGUCCGCCUCUCCCUCUUUCGCGCCAUGUUCCAGCGUACAUUCACGUCCCUCCGUAAGUCCGCAUGCACCUCUCCCCAUGUCGUCCGGUCUGUCACACCGCUCGAGGGGCAUGGGCGAGGUCGUCCUUCAGUGACAGCGGAGGACAUGUUUAGGCCCCACCUCUGCCAUCCUCUCAUCCAUGACCUUACUGCUGGUCUACCACUUUCUCAUCUUCCCAAUCCCACCAGCUUCCCUCCCACAGUCCCACCUUGCCCUCCUGCCUUCCCGACGACAUCCCCUCUGCCUCCGACCACCCUCCCUCCCACCUCGCCCACCUUCCCUCCCGACGAGGUAACCUCUGCCUUUGAUUCCGUUCGACUAUGCCCGACCUCAGUCUCUGCCGCAUCCACCGCCGUGGCCUCACCCACGGUCGCCUUCCCGAUCCGGGCGAGCCUCGCCGUCAUCCCCACCGUCGCGCCCUUGUCGGCCUCCCCGUCGCUGCGCCUCGCAUCGGCGUCGUCCAUCGUCGAUGCGUCCGGGUCCUCCUCCCCGGCCUCCGCCCACUCCGGUCUCCCCAAUCCGGUUGAGCCCCGUCGACAUCCCCACUGUCGCGCCCUUGCUGGCCUCCCCAUCCCCAGUCUCUGCCGCGUCCACCGGCGUGGCCUCACCCACGGUCGCCUUCCCGAUCCGGGCGAGCCUCGCCGUCAUCCCCACCGCCGCGCCCUUGUCGGCCUCCCCGUUGCCGCGCCUCGCAUCGGCAUCGUCCAUCGUCGAUGUGUCCGGGUCCUCCCCGGCCUCCGCCACUCCGGCCUCCCCAAUCCGGUUGAGCCCCGUCGACAUCCCCACUGUCGCGCCCUUGCUGGCCUCCCCGUCGUGGCGCCUCGCUCGGCACCUUCCGCCAUCAACGCGUCCGGGUCCUCCUCUCCGACCUCCGCCCACUCCAGAACCAGCUCUCCGUCCCCGACGCCUCGGUGGGUGUUGCGCGUAUCGCGCUUGCGUGAGAAUUCAGUCACCAGAAUCGCACCGCGCCUCCUUUUUUCCUCUUCUGCCCUGGCGCGUGUUUGAUGUGGCGCAGUGUUUGGUCGUGCAGAACGCUGCUCGCGAGCAGGAGCGAGGAGUACAUGCUUCUAUUCCGGCUGCCUCCCGACAAGGUAAUUGGAUGUGCAGCCAACUGGUGCCGGGUGAUCCCUAGCUCCUCCCUCCCUCUGUGCGAUCUAGCUGUUGACUUUAGACUGAUCUAUUUGUUUCCAGAUUGGCAAAGAAAUAGCACCUCUAAUGUUAGGGUCCCGACAGCACAUUUGUGCAUAGGUUCUGUUAGGUUGAUUGUGCAUAUGUGCUGAUGAUGAGGUUUUGCAUGAAAAACAAGAAGAAAAGUGGUGUGCGGUAGUUUGAAAUUGUGAUCGUGUUUUACAAUUUGUAGUUACAUUUGAAUAUUUGAUUGGUGGCCGUGGUGCCAGCUCCAAUCUAUAGCCUUCCUAGGUCACUCUGUACGUACACUGGGCUGAGGAAGGGAGUGCCACAUAUUCUUGAUUGACUGAUUGUUGUCGGGUACUUGAAUGCUCGUCGAUUUUGGUUGAUGCUUUUACUAACCCCCUUUCUGUUCAUCUUUAAACUUUUAGAAAUCUUGAGAAGAAUAAAUCAUAUCAAAUGGCUGUAGGAUUAGGUUCUGAAACUGAGGUGCUACUCUUCUUCGAGGGUGUAACAAUUGUCUUAAGGAUUAGGUACUGGUCGAAGGAAUGCCCAAUCAAGUGGUUGAAGGAUUAGUUUCAGGAAGAGACAACAAAAUGUUUCUUUUGAAUCCCACUGAGCCAUAUGCGUUGUUGCAUAUUUAGACUUUGGAGUGUGAACCUAUGUAACAGACAUAAUUAGUACAGCUCGUGGCUUGGAUAUCUGACACUUGAUUUUGUUGCAGGAAGCAUGUGAUCAGUUCAGGGUUAUGAACGACUACCUGAAACCUCAUGUUCUCCCUUUGUCCCUAUCUACUCAUCAUCACUAAAUUUUUUGAGUGGUGGAUUUUAGCAUGUUUGCUGCCUAUUUUGGAUUUUUUUCUAUUCUUUGAUAUAAGACAUUUCUCUGAUUCCUUUGUAUCCUCUUUCAUUUAUAGGUAGUUUUCUUUGAGCUUUGUAUGAGCACGGUUGCGAUUUUGACACCAUAGAACCUUCAGUAUCUACAUAUUUGUAAGUUGAAGCAUGACAAUGUGAUGGAUCACUGAGAGAAUAGCUGGCAACUCUAAAAAAAUGAUGAACACACGCGGCGUGAUGAAGGAAACAGAUUCCUUAUGCUGCUGCCAGAUCUCAAACCUUGAGAGACAGCACUGAGGAGAUGAAAUGGCAGGAUUCUCUUUGUCUAUCAUUCAAAAGAUGCUGCCUCAUACCCUCUGUGUAUAAAUAGGGUCUCGAUCGGCAGAGACUUGAAUCAUCAGGCAAAAAAGUCCGCUUCUCAUAUUACUUCUACCUCAUUUCAAACACACAAGAACUUCCAGCCAGAGACUACAGGUCGAUGUGUCUUGCCAAGUCCAUAAGCUUGCCGUCCAGGCCUCAGUCCAGCGAAGCCGCAGUGCAGCAGGAGAUGUGUAUUCUAGAGGCGAUCAUCUCCUCACCAUCAACAUGUAUCGUCACGAUGUGUGACGGUUUGAGGAGGCUUGGAGACAUCUACAGCAGUGUUGUGGAGAUGACUCACUUGCCGAGCAACCAAGUUUGCUCUUCCCAGCAAAGGAAGAUGCUGGACGGAGAAACUGAGUCUUCUCUCGAGCUGCUGGAUCUCUGCAACACCAUGCAGGAGAUCUUCGUUGAGUUGAAGGCCAUUAUCCAAGAGCUGCAAGUGGCUCUAAGAAAAGGGGAUGGUGCAACCGUCCAAGCCAAGAUCCAGUCUUACAGCCGCUUGGUGAAGAAGGCUAAGCAGUCUUUCAAGAAGUCAAGCAAGAAGGCCGUUUCUGACAAGACAGACUGUGCAAUGGUCAGGCUACUGACCAAGGCCAGGGAGAUCGCCAUCUCUCUACUUGAGUCCACGGUGCAGCUCUUGUCAAAGCAAAUUGAAGUGCCGAAGCAGUAACUUGUCUCAAAGGCGUUUUCCAAGAGAAAAGCAGUUGUCUGCGAGGAGGACCAGUUACAGGCGUUAGAGUGCAGCAUUGGAGAUCUUGAGAGCGGAGCGGGACACCUGUUCAGGAUAUUAGUCUAGAGCAGGGUCUCUCUCCUAAACAUUCUUAGCUCAUAGAUACUCCUUGUUGCUUUUGACGUCCUGUGAUUGGCAUCAUCCGCAUUUUUGAGGAUUAGCUAAUCUUGAUGCUGCUUUACAAUAUGUAUAUAGAGUACAAAUGUAUAUGAAAAAAUCGGAAAUGAAAAAAAGGACAGUUUUGAUCCAAUUCCUUUUUUGUUGA